AACUUCUGACACAAAAAUCUUAUUUUUAAAAUCCAAAAUAAGUUAAAUACAAUGAAAAAUCACCACUAUCUCAAUAUUAUCAGAAAAGGAGGCUGUCUUUCUCCACGUUGGGUUUGUUUUGGUACCGGGACCCACAGCUUCCAACAUAUGAAAACUCGUCGCUAACCAGAGAUGCCCCCCAAGAAGCCUCAAGCAGUAGAGCCAAGGCCUUUGAUUGGCCGUGUGGGAACCAACUUGAAAGUUGGCAUAGUAGGACUUCCCAAUGUUGGCAAGUCCACUUUCUUCAAUGUGCUGACCAAGUCCCAGGCCCAGGCUGAAAACUUCCCCUUCUGCACCAUUGACCCAAAUGAAAAUAAGGUUCCGGUACCAGACCCAAGAUUUGACUACUUAUGUGAAUUUCAUAAACCAGCAAGCAAAGUUCCUGCAUUUUUAAACGUCACUGACAUUGCCGGAUUGGUAAAAGGCGCUUCUGAGGGGCAAGGUCUUGGUAAUGCUUUCUUGUCACACAUCAAGGCUUGCGAUGCUCUGUUCCAUAUGACCCGUGCUUUUGAAGAUGAUGAUGUCACUCAUGUAGAAGGGGAUGUAAACCCUGUCAGGGACCUUGAAAUCAUCCUUGACGAGUUGCGGCUUAAGGACAUUGAAUACAUAAAUAAUGUCUAUGACAAACUAUUCAAAUUGGUAGAACGUGGAGGUGACAAGAAACUCAAGCCGGAAUAUGACACUGUUUGCAAAGUCAAGUCGCUGCUGGAAGAAGAUAAGAAGCAAGUUCGAUUCUGUGACUGGGAUGUAAAAGAGAUUGAAGUAUUAAAUAGGCACUUGCUCAUCACAAGCAAACCUAUGAUAUAUUUAGUAAAUCUCUCUGAAAAAGAUUAUAUACGCAAGAAGAACAAAUGGUUAAUGAAGAUCAAGGAGUGGAUUGACACCAAUGACCCUGGAGCCAUGUUGAUCCCCUUCUCAGGUGUCCUGGAGGCUGCCUUAAUUGAUCUGGAUGCUGAAGCAAAAGAGGCAUUCCUCAAGGAGAAAGGUGUUAACAGUGCUCUUGAUAAGAUCAUCCUACAGGGUUACAAUGCCUUGCAGUUGAUGUAUUUCUUCACAGCAGGUCCCGAUGAAGUUAAAGCUUGGACAAUUCAGAAAGGAACCAAGGCUCCACAGGCAGCUGGCAAAAUUCACACUGACUUUGAGAAGGGCUUUGUCAUGGCAGAAGUGAUGAAAUUUGAUGAUUUCAAGGAAUUGGGUUCUGAAGCAGCUGUGAAGGCUGACGGGAAGUACCACCAAAGAGGUCGCCAGUAUGUGGUGGAAGAUGGUGACAUUAUCUUCUUCAGGUUUAACACUGGAGGGCUCAAGAAAAAGUGAGACAGGCUCAUGCUAGUUUUGCUGGUAAUACUAUAUGUCCAGAUGAUUGCUGUGUUUAUAUGCACACACCUCUAAUGAAUGCAGUAAACAGCAUGACCUA